GAAACUCUGAGACUCGGACUAAAGUGGCAAGAUGAGAGCAUUUUGCCCGCUUCCAUUUGCCCUCCCACCCCUGCUGGCACUACUAUACCUGCUCCAGACCACCCAUGGAGACUCCUAUUUUGGGGACAGCUACUGUCGGAUAGAUGCCGUUCAGGACCUGUCAAGUUUUCAAGUGUCGCUCCAGUUUAAAACCAGCAGACGAAGCGGUCUGCUCCUAUUGGCUGCAGGACACAGAGAUUACCUCUCACUGGAGCUCUACAAUGGCAGAUUACAGGCAAGGAUUGACAUGGGGUCUGGAGAGAAGGUUCUGUCCUCCUCGAUGGGUCUGCAGCUCAGUAACCUUCUGGACCAUUAUGUGUCUCUCACUCUGACAGACUCCAAGUUCAUUAUGGUUGUGGACAGCUUGUACACAACCUUCAUCCCAAUGGAGGGAUUGGAUGAAGACCUGAACAUCGACCAGGGCGUGUUCCUUGGAGGCGUGAGGGACCUGGAUGUGGAGUAUUUGAGCACGGCCAUACCCUUUCUGCGAGGCUGCAUGAGCAAUGUUAAAUUUGAGUCUCAUAAUUUUGAUAUUCUGGCUUCAGAGGAUAAAAUCUGCUUUGACACAAAGGAGACCUGUAGCAGCGAGUUUGAGGCUGGGGAUGGAGAAACGAUCAGCUUCAUCAGCCCUGAAUCAUUCAUCUCUUUUCCUACGUGGACAAGAACCAGCUCUGGUUCUCGCAACCUGGAGAUUCUGAUGAAGACGACUAUUGAAGAUGCUCUGCUGUUCUUCCACCCUGGACACCAGGCAGACUUCAUAGCAUUAGGAAUGGUGGGGGGGUACCUGAAAGGUGUAAUCGAUCUGGGCAGUGGGAUGUAUGUGCUGGACAACGUGGAAGUCAAAGUGGAUGAUGAUCAAUGGCACAGAGUCAAAGUUCAGAUUAACCCCAAUGAGUUCCAGAUAAAUAUGGACAGUCAGCUUGUUUCUCUCCCUCUAAAUGUGUCAGAGACGUUGGAUCUGGUGGGAAAUUUGUACCUGGGAGGCAUUCAACGGAAGAUGAAGGAUGUGUUUCAAGAUAAUUAUUUGACUCGGGUGGAAGAGGAGGUCACAGUUGAGUCCUUUAUUGGAUGUUUAGGAGAAAUCAAGGUGAAUCAGAAAGACAGAAGCCUGCAGGACGCUCUGAUAACUAAAGACAUUCAUGUGAAAUGUGAAGGCGAUUAUGAUUACUCCACUUAUGAUGAUCUUGAGACAACAACAGCACCUCCAGUAAGAAUAACAUACAUUGAUGUUAAUCCUGAUGAAAGACACUGUCUACCUACAGAGGAAAUGCCAGAGAUGUUCCGCAAUAUUUCCAAGCUUCUGGAAAUUACUCCUCUACUGGUUCCUGAGGGAGGGGAGUCCUUUAUUGACAUUGUAAACCUUAACCCAACAUUCAACCUAAACGCUGCAGGCGUUCAACAAUCUCAGAUCAUCUUUACUGUACUCAACAACCCCUGGUAUGGGCUGCUCGAUAUGAACAUCAACACAAGACGUACAAAGAAGUUUACCUUUCUGGAUGUUGUCAACAAGAAAAUCAAGUAUCUACAUGACGGCAAUGAAAAGUAUGGUGAUCAGAUUCAACUGGAGGUGACAGCACAUGGAACGAGUCUCCCGGAGUGCUUGAGUGUUGCACGGCAAUACGUGCUACCGGUAGAGAUCAUCCCUGUCAACGAUAUCCCUCAACUCAGUAUGGGCGACAUCUUGGUCACAGCUAAUGGCCGUACACGAUUGAGUCCAAAUCUGAUCAAAAUCUCUGACUCGGAUAAUCGGUGUGAUGAACUCAUGGUCACAGUUAUGUCAGACCCAACUCCUGUUGGAUAUCUGGAGAAUGCUAAGCAGCCAGGAAUUAGUCUGAGAGAGUUCACCUGCCGACAACUGAAAGAAGGAAAUAUCUACUAUGUCCACAGAGGUGGGGCCGUGACUGUACUUAGCCUGCAAGUGUCAGGUGGAGAUUUGAUUAGCCAUUCAACCACAUUUAAGCUAAUAAUCACCCAGCCACAGAUGAAUCUACUGACCAAUACUGGCCUCUUGCUCACUCAGGACAGCAGUGCCUUAAUUGGAAUACAAAAUCUGGCCAUUUCUGCAACUCCAAAAACUGGAGACAUUGUGUACAAUGUCACUCAGCCACUAAGAUUAGGAGAACUGCAGUUGAUCUCAGACGAUGGGGUGCCAAAAAGAGUGAUGCUAUUUCAUCAGUCUGAUCUUGAGCAGAACCGACUAAAAUACAUUCCUGAACUCACAACGGAGCUUGAGAGCACACAGACAGAGUAUAUUCAUUUCAACGCACAGCUCGGACAGGUCACUCUCCCAGACAACACUUUUAUCAUAAAGAUCAUGCCCACUAUUGUAAGAAUGGCUAAAAUUGUUCCUCUCCAAGUUGAAGAUGGCCAGCCAAAGGUCAUUAUGCCAGAAGAACUAGAAGCUGUUGUGAGGGGAAGUACCACUGAUUCAAGAUCAAUCAGGUAUACCGUUCUGAGACGCCCAGCCCUGGGAAACUUGAUGUUGCUUCACAAAGAGCUGUCAGAGGGUGAUACUUUCACCCAGGAAGACAUCUUUAAUGGUCACAUCAGUUACAGCCCUAGUGUUCACAGAUCUGUUGAUGUCGAGGAUCAGUUCCAGUUCAAAGUAUUCGCAGAGGAUCAAUAUUCCAGAGCAUACACCUAUCCAAUUACAAUCCAGGCUGAUUCCGAUGCCCCUGUACUAACCAAUGAAAGGCUUGUGGUGUUGGAAGGGCAUGAGAACAUCCUAAACAAGGAAUAUCUCUGGGUUCAAACCUCCACCUCGACAGACUUUGUCUACAGGAUAUCACAAGAUCCCAAACAUGGUCGUAUCAUCAGAGACUCUCCACCGGGUGAGCAAAGGUUCGAGGGUGCAAUUAGAGUCUUCAGCAAUGAGGAUCUACUUUUGAACAGGCUGGUCUACAAACAUGAUGGAUCAGAGACCAGCUAUGACCAGUUCACCUUCCUUGCGUUUGACGGUGGGCAGGAUGAAGGUCAGGAGUUGCUUAGAGGGGUGUUUAACAUUGCAAUACAAUCCAGGAAUGACUAUGUUCCUAAAAGGGUAAUCGACAAACCUUUUAAUGUGCUCAGAAAUGGCCAGCGUUUGUUGACUACUGAUGACAUUCUGUUCAAGGAUGAUGACUCUGAUUUUAAUGACACCCAACUGGUGUAUGUAAGAGUCGGAAUUCUUUCAGGAAACAUUGUCUCUUCUGAAGACCCAAUGCAACCUCUUUAUCGCUUCACCCAGGCCGACCUGAGAGACAAGAAGGUUUUGUUCGUCCACCAUGGGGCCGACCGUGAGCGAUUCCAACUUCAAGUAUCUGAUGGUUUACACAAGACCACAGCUGUGCUUCAGGUUCAAGCAGGAGACCCUUAUCUACGUAUAGUCAACAAUACCAUGGUGGUCAUGGAUCAUGGCAGCACCAAGACACUCAACACCAGUCUGUUGAGUGCAGAGUCCAACAUGGACAUCAGAAGUCCAGCUGAGAUAAUUUAUGAUGUGACUUCUACUCCCAAUAAUGGUAGGAUUAUAGUUAGUGGAAUUGAGUCUUUGAGGUUCACCCAAGAAGAUUUGAUGAAAGGUGUGGUCUCCUAUGAGCACAGUAACCAGAGCCUUCACUCUAAAGAUUAUUUUACCUUCGCUGUGCAAGCUAAGGGUCAGUCCGUCGAGGGCACUUUCAGGAUAAAAAUAUUCAAGAAAGGUUACCUGUCAGAACCCGUGGUUGUGUUUAACCAGUUGACCAUUGCUUAUGAUGGAGAGCACUCUGUUAUUGACCAAGACCACUUGAAGGUGGAACAGAGCGACAUCCUUCCCAAAGAUAUGGUGUACUCCAUUCAAGAGUUCCCACGUUUGGGUCACGUCGUCAAACUCAGCGACGACUCCGACAGCACGGUGUCACCUGUCCUGGACUAUAUUCAAUCCUUUACGCAGGAAGACAUAAACAUGGCCAGAAUUCUGUACGUCUCCGCAUCCCUUCAGGGCCGGGACCACUUCACCGUUGACGUCAGUAACGGCUUCACCGCUGUAGAAGGUCUGGAGGUGCAGGUGGACAUCGUUCCACGCAUCAUACCUGUCCAGGUGCUCAACCUCACAGUCAGGGAGGGCGGAUCCGUGGCAUUGACCCAGGAGAUUCUGAAUAUCACACACCCUUUCUACAGGUCUGUUAACAUUGCGUUUAUGAUGGAGGAGGCACCUCAGCAUGGAGACAUCAGAUAUGUGGAGGAAGAGGAAGGACUUGUCAUCUUCAGUUGGGAGGAAGUACAACAGGGACAGGUGUACUAUUUCCAUGACAGCAGCGAGACCACAGAAGACAGUUUCACUCUCACGGCGUCUGCUUUUGACAUCACCCGCCGGAGUCCAUCCUUGACCAUCGGCAUCACCGUUCUUCCCGUGAACGACGAACCUCCUAGAAUCCAGCGUAACACUGGACUGGAGCUUCUAGUUGGUGAGGAGUCUGAAAUCACAGCCAGUAUGCUGAGCAGUGACGAUCUUGACACCCCUCCGGAAGAGUUAGUUUAUUCCAUCGAGACGCCGUCCAAUGGGAUCGUUGCCUUUAAAGUGUCGCCGGAUGACAGUGUGGACAGUUUCACUCAGGCUCAGAUUAAUAAUGGAGAAGUUUUGUUUAUUCAUCAGGGUUCAGAGUCUGGUGGCUUCAGCUUCACUGUGACUGAUGGAGAACAUACCUCACCUCUCCACAACUUCGUUGUCACGGCGAGACAGCUCACCAUCUCCAUGGAAACACAGGGAGAACUCAUGGUCUUCCCAGGCACUAAGCAGGUGAUUAGUAAAGAGAUUUUGCGAGCUAUAAUGAGUGAAGACGGUGAUGAAAUCACGUACACUCUGGUGAAACCUCCUCGCUUGGGACGAGUAAUCAGGCCAAACCAGCGUGGACAGUUCGAGGAGAUCACCCGAUUCACACAGACUGAACUGGAUGCUGGUGCUGUGUAUUAUGAGCAUCAGAUGCCAUCAGAACCCUUCUGGGUCCUGAAAGAUUCUGUCGAACUGGCACUCUCAUCGCCCCCGGCAACAGAGCUGCAUUACACCCUGCCAGUCUCUGUGUCAUACUACGCAGCCAAUCGAAAUGUGUCAUCUCAGCUCUGGAAGAACAAAGGUGCAUCAGUGGUGCAGGGUCAGUCUAAAGUGAUUGACAACUCUGUUCUGGAUGGCUCCAAUCUGUUGGCCAGUCUGCCUGAGCAGAAGCGAGCAGGACAGGAUAUUGUGUACGAGAUGCGACAGUUCCCCGUUCACGGUCGACUCAAGCUCAGAGGGUCCGAUUUGCCCCGCGACGUUCCCUAUUUCCUGCAAGACGAUGUUACACGUGGCGAUCUGGAGUACUACCACGAUGACUCCGGCGAAUCUUCGGAUAGCUUCUCUUUCCGUGUCCGUUUGAACCCAAGUGGCCACACCCUGCAGGCCCAGCCUGGUGCCUUAGUGCUGGAGGAAAUCUUCCUAAUCUCCAUCAGACAGCGAGACUCGAACCCGCCAGAACUUGCAAACUUAGACCAACUCUUGGAAGCACUGCAAGGUUCCACGACCAUCAUCUCCAAAAACUACCUCAACACGGUCGACCAGGACAGCACACCCGACGAGGUCCGAUUCACCAUCUCCAAGGGCCCCUCUAAUGGAUAUCUCAUCUACACAGACACCGGAGACAAGAUCAGGCAGUUUAGCCAAGAAGACGUCAAUGUAGGGCGAGUCGCGUUCGUCAGCGAUGGAAGUCUUUCCGACGGGUUCAUAGAAUUUACAGUGUCCGAUGGAAAAUAUCAAACCAAUCCUUAUGUGUUGCAUAUUGGAAUCCUGGCCAAGUCUCUAAUACUCAACAAAGCUCCAGAAAUCCACGUAAAACAAGGAGACGACGAGACGCUGAUCACCGAGGACAUGCUUAGCACCUCCACCGGGGGGCCCGUCGAGGAGGAGGUGCUCUAUAAGAUCACCAAUGUUCCAAAAUAUGCCGCAGUAAUGGUGGACCGACAGCCCACCUCGGCUUUCACGCAGAAGCAGAUAAAACAAGGAAGAGUUAGUGUCCGUUUCAUCAAGUCCACCUCGCCGAGGGAUAGCGUGGCUUUUGUAGCCCGAAGCCAAGCAGCGAAUAUUUCCUCUGUCCUCAACAUUACCGUAAAACCUCUGGCUAAGGUGGCGCAGAAUCCCCUGUUCCCAAGAGGUGCUACCAUUCUGGUGGACAAGAGGUUGCUGGAUGCUAGCGCUUUAGCCAACAAGACCAGAAGUUCUCCAACCUUCAGCAUGAUCCAGCAGCCACAAGGAGCUCGGUUUGUCAAGAGGGGUGGACCAGUAGAUGGCCAACCCGUAAGCUCCUUUACCCAACGAGACCUGGAUGAAGGAAGAGUAGCUUUGGAGAUCCUUAACACAACUGGGGGUCAGAACAUUGGAGGACAGGUUCAAGAUGAAGCCCGGUUCCUCUUGAAGGCUCAUGGUGUACCUCCUGCCGAAUGUGUCUUGCUGUUUAAGACGGCUCCUUACGAUCCUUCUGGAGUUUAUGGUGGGACUUUACUCGAAGUGCCACCAACAGUGUCAAGUUCCGAUAACAGUCACGCAGGUCAACCUGAACCUAGGUGGAGAGGAGAUGGUGACACGCCCUCUAUUGGCACAACAGCAACGCCUGUGGUGUCUAGACGGAAUACGCUGUGGGCAAUCCUUAUUCCAAUCCUUGUUAUUCUCCUUCUCAUGCUCGCCGCUGCUCUGCUGGCCUACUACCUGGUCCGUCGCAACAAAACCGGGAAGCACAAUGUCCAGACUAUGGCAGCGAAGCCGAAGAACGGAGAAGUCAGUCAGGAGACAUUCAGGAAAACCGAUCCUGCGAACAACAUCCCCAUGUCCAACAUGGACUCCAAAGGGGCGGAUCCUGAGUUAAUACAGCACUGUCGGACAACAAACCCGGCACUGAAAAAAAAACAGUAUUGGGUUUGAGAUGCAGAGGCAACCGGACACAGUUUAGGGUUUUGUUAAGUGUGUUUUUAUGGUCCUGAUUAGUCAUUUUUGGGCUUCCUUGAAUCAUUCCAGUCAGUGUUAUACAGUUUUCUUGCCAUAUUGAAGCUUAUAGAUAAAAGUUCAGCACAUAUCUGAUUAUAAGUUUACUUAGCUGUUAAAACCAGAACUGUGUGCUGAUUUGCUAAUUGUCACAUGGUAAUAUCUCUAGAAAAAAAAGUAAACUUAAUUAACCAACUUUUAUGAUAUUUUCUGGACAAAAACAUAACAUAAUAUGUUUGAAUGAUCCUAUGUAUGUAUGGUUUGUCAGUAACUGAUUUAAGGUCUCAGUGUUAUUUACAUUUAUGCUUUGUGUUUGUAUGGCUUUUAAACACAGACCAAUAAUUAUGUUCAUUUUCCUCAACAGUCUGUUUUCUAGGGGACAGAUGUGAUUGAUCGAUUGGACUAUUUUGUGCCUCUGUCAUCACUUUUUAAUGUUUAAAGGAAUGUUUCAGGUUUAAUACAAAUUAAACUCUCAUCGACUUGCUGUAGUUUACCACUGAAAAUUAUUUUGAGUCAUCUUUCCAUACAAUAAUGCAAUAACAAUGCACACAUACAAUGCACAAACAAUAUUACAAGACAUUUUACGAGAAUGAACGUUUCAACACACUGUUUCGAAGUAUAGUCACAAGUAUUAAAUAUUAUACAUGUCAACAUGAGACUAAUGUGACUGAAUCGCUUUCCAACCUUUGUGCAAAAUUAUAUACAACUCGUCAUGACCAUGUUAAGCCGGCAAGCACAUGAACUUUCUCGCGAUAGGCACAAGGAUAUCAAAUUCAUCCGCCUAGAACAGUCGUCCCACCACUACAAAGGCUAUUUAUACAGCUUUAUGGCUCGAAUAACACAAUUUUGUACAGUAGAAUUCAUAUAAGCACUGAAACAAAACUACAAAUGGCACGUUUCGGGUUUUAAACUCUCCGGAAUGGCUUGCCCCAUAGACUUCCAUUGGAAGUGCAUAAGUGUAAACACAUUUAGAUUUAUAUAUAUAUAUAUAUAUAUAUAUAUAUAUAUAUAUAUAUAUAUAUAUAUAUAUAUAAAAUAGUUACAGUUAUAUUCUGUGGUAAUUAACUGCAUUCCACAGAUGCUUUCAAUAGAGCUGAAGUAACUAAACCUGGAACAUUGCUUUAAAAAUCUUCAUUUUUUCGAUUACGGUGCUAGUGCCACUUUUUAAUCAUAAAGUGCCUUUUCAAGGAGAGUUAUUUCAAGUAUCAUACUCAUUUUCGACACAAACUCCAAUGUUGAAAAGUCUGAGAGUGUAAAUGAGGAUUCAUAUUUUCUAAUUAUCAUAUCAGUAUGUUGUGUGAAAGGAAAACAAACUUUCUUUACUGAAUGCUUUAGGUUAUCUUUCUAUAAACCGUUCUUUUUCCACUCUAUUGUAUUUGUUUUGUCUGUAAAUGCUUUCAUCCACUGCACUGAUUACAGGCACUGAAGAACUGUUAAAUAUCCUCCGCCAGAACUGAAGCCACACACAGGAAGUGACUCAGCAGUCGCGGUACUGAUUGGCUGCAGGAAUUUUUUUUUUUUCUCAGGCUGUGGCAUCUAUUUUCCAGAGCUGUUAUUUGGUCUGCUUUGAGCUCGGUUUACAACCAGGCAACUUUUGUUUUAGAAUUAAUUACAGAAAAAUAUGUCAGUUGCAGAGGGUGCAAGUAUGUUUGAGCAUACACGUUUUGUAAAAUAAAGUCGAGAGUUUUCAGAAAUCUCUGCCUAUCCUGAGAGAAAAUAUUUCACAGGCUGACUCGUCUAAUUAGUUGUUUUAGUAGGUUGUUUGGCUGUUUCAUUAACAAUAGUGAAGUUCCUGAUUAUCACAGACCAAUUCCUUAUGAUCAUUCCAGUUUUAGUAACAGAGAGACACAGACUUUUCCCAAUGUACUGCAUAUGGAAUCAAUAUCACUGUUAAAUCUUAUAUUUAUCCCUAUUCUAAGCUAGUAUUAAUUGCAUAUCCUGGGGUUAUAAUAGCCCAUCUGAGACCUCUCAGGGCGUUUGUAUAUGUGUUUCUGCAGAGCAGAAUGAGAUCACAUAACUCAGGACAUCGAUGGUGUUUGUUCUCUGGGUAUUUAUGGGAAUAUGUCAAUUUAAAGGGAUAAAUCAUUUACUCUUGUAUACGAGUCGUGUCAUUACAAACCCAUAUGCAAUGAAAGAUGCAAUGAAAGUGAAUGGUCACUGAGACUGUCAGUAUCUAACAUUUUGCCUAGCAUCUCCUUUUUGUGUUUCACAGCAGAAAAAAUAUGAUGGUGAGUAAAUGAUGACAGAAUUUUAUAUUUGGGGCGAAUUAUCCCUUUAAACCCUAAACUCUGUAAAACCCCACAACUCUCUUCUUUGUAUUUUUGGAUUCUGUUUUCUUUUAAAUAUUAUUUCAAAUCAAAUAUCCUGACAUAAAAUUCACAAAGCACUUUUCUCCAGCUCUAUAAGAUUUCAUUUUGUGGGUGAAACUUUUCCAGUGUUAUAAUUUAUUUUUAGCAGCUAUAUUCAGUUUAGUUUUGUGCUUUAUUAAGUAUGUGUCCCAGUAGAAUAAAAUGUCAUGAGGUCCCAAAAAUAAAAAUAUAUUAAAAAAUAAAAUAAAU